CCUACCUAGCAGGGAUUUUGCUCUUCGCGAUGGAUGCCGAUGACGCUCCCUCGAAUGCGGUCGAUCAAGCCAUAGCUGCCGCGGAUUUCGUCCAGACGAUCCAGAGAGAUUUAAACUGCCUCUCCGACCCGGAUCGAAACACCAGGCGAAAGGCAUUGGAGCGCCUUGACAAGCUUCUUGUUAUCGAGUCUCGUUCUCCAGCUAUGCUCCAGAUUGUUUGGGACGAGACGAUACUGAAGCUGGUCGUAAGAAACCUUCACGACCCCGUGGAGAGGUGUCGAGAAGCUGCCGUGAACAUGAUUUCUAGAGUUGUGAAGCUUUUAGCAGAGGUGGAGCAAACAACAUUUUUGAUGGUUCCUGCAAUAGCUGAGCGGACUGGGCAGCUUCCAGUGCUUGAACAUUCCGAAGAGAUACGUCUAAGUUUAAUCAACUUGCUCAAUGCUAUAAUUUGUCAGUGCUCAGUGGAGAGCGUUCGUGAGUUCUCUGAGCACAUAACAAGGGUAAUCUGCGUGACGUUGUCGGAUUCUUUUCACGAAAUUAAAAAAGCUUCUUGUGCGCUGCUGUCUAGACUAUGCAGUCGUGCACCUGAUGUUUUAGGCGAGAAUGCAGAUGCUAUACUGCACGCGUUACUUCCGAAUAUUUUGCACGCUCACUCACGGGUGCGAUCUGCGGUUGUAUCUGCACUCAAUGACGUUGUUUUAUGCGGUUUGCCGGCUGGUAUGAUUGCCCAACACGUUGCUCCGGGCGUCAAAGCGGUUGCAUUUGAUCAUUCCGAUGCAGUGAGAAAGGUCUUUUUUGAGUAUGUUGCUCUAUGGCUUGGGUAUGAGCCAGAUGAAACAUGCCCAAUGACUGAAACAAAGAAUCAGACGGCCUAUAUGCCGUUGCUCUUGCCGUUGCUUCUACUUGGAAUUGGAGAUGACUCACCAGAGAUUUCUACCUCGACUUUGGCAAUGGUUUAUCGUGUAGGUGAAGUUUACAAGCACUGGAAUGCUCAUGAUUCGGUGCAAGAGAAGACCUGGAGGCAUGAUUCUAAUGUUCUUCCACUACCUUUCGAAACAGAGCCUGGCUAUGGCUCACGCUUAAUGAUACAGCGACACCUCAAGCAAAUAGUUUACGACUGUUCGAAGGAUUUUCGUGAUUGGACAGUUACUACGCGCUUGGGUGCUGCUCGACUUUUGCAAACUACUCUGGUGUUCGCAGAAAGUCAUUCCUCUCGACACCUGGAUGUUCUCAUUCCUUCCCUCUGCAGGUUCUUAUUUUGGAGUUUAACUUUUGAAAAGCUAGUAUUUGCAUUCAGUGCUGUUGCAGAUGACGAUGUUCGAGUAGCACAACACGUAGUAAAAUCCUCGCAAAUAUUGGGGUUUAACAAUGCUCCGGAGCAUUGGUUGGAUCUUAUCAUGGAUUCGAUAAUCAGCGAUCGGUCUACAGCUUUGCAAAGAGCAAAUGGAUUAGUCGUAUUCGCUGGCUUGCUUUAUGGUACGCCGAACGAGAAUGUUCAUGAAGGCCUGGUUAUUCAGAUUUUGCAAGGGCUAUGUCACGCUAAUUUGUCUUUUGAUGAAAGCCUAGCAGUACGACGACAGCUUUUGGCUGUUUUAACCAAUGUUGUCGUAAAAGCGGGCCCGAUAUCCAGAGUCUCUUCGAAAGAGAUGUUGAUUUUAUUGUUACAGCUUCAAUGUAUUCAAGAUGAUGCCAAACUACACCAGGAUGCUGCUUCUUUGAUAGAAACCUUUGCUCAUGUCACUGGCUACGAGUCAUUGGAGCAGCUGUAUGCUUGUCACACAAGGGACCUGAUUGAUCGAGCAAUCCUUCGACACGAGGAAUGGCUAGGAAACUCGCCAGGGCGACAUCUUUUUGAAGCCGUAUUGAAGAAUCUUGGCCAUUUAGCCGGCUCAUAUCUAGCGGAGAUACUUCCAAUUAUUGCGAGCUGUCUAAAACCCCAAAGAGAUCCUUCUCUGCGUCUUUCUCUUUUGCAUCUUUUGGACGACUUAUUUGAAACUUCUGGCCUUGAAUCUUGGUGGAGCUCCUUAGCAAAGGAAGUCAUUGUCAGUGUUUUGAUUCCAUGCGGCAUAUGGCAAGCAGGAAAGGUUGGAGCUGCAGUCAGACAUGCGGCUAUGGUUGCAGUUGGGACGUAUUUAAGACGCGGUCUUUGUACUCAAAAAGAUCUGAAUGACAUCCUGGAAACGGGGGAAACGUUGCCUGUUGUCAUAUCCUGUCUGGAGGAAGAUUUCUACGUUGAUACGCGACGAGUUACUUGUCAUGUCAUGGAGAACAUCAUUCGCAUUGCCGGAAACAGUUUAAGAGAUGACUACCGAGUUAAGAUCGGAGCAGUUCUCCAAAAGCGACUUGACGAUAGCAAUGAUGGCGUCCGUCUUGGGAUAUUAAGAUCGUUGUCCCUCUUUCUGAGCACGCUUCCUCCGGCAUACCCUGGCACAGAGCUCAAGAGCUGUCUAAGCAGUCUCGUCCUACACAUGGACGACCAGAACCAGCAAAUCAAGGAGUCGGUUUGCAAAGCUGUCGAGGUUUGCGCAGUAAAACGCCCCGCUUUGGUCGUGGAAAUUGUCACGGAAGUCCGGUCCAAGCACCAGAGCAGCCAGUACUGUGACUAUCUUCUCACGGUGGCGGGAUCCGUCCAAACAGCGGAUUCUGUAGAAUCCGCUGCAUGAUCAAAGUGAGACGCGGAGCGCUUCAACCACCGGUGAUCCAAAGAUACAUUGAUUUUGACGUUAAACCGGCAAUAAAAGCCAGGAAAGAGACUCGUCUGGACACACAUCCUCGAUUUCCUGGCCCGCGCGGUACAUGCUCUCUCAGGGUUAUGAUUGGUGUGGUUUUGGAUAGGCGCUGUGCUACUGCUAUCGCUCGAUAGCUAGAACCGCGAGAUUUCCAAUGCCCACACCGGAAAAGAAAAGUUUUCCAGUCGUCUUCUCGCGAGAUCUUCCUUUGGGACAGCUCCUCUAUCCCAGUCUGUGAAGGCAAGGAUAGGACGUUAGAACCAUGCAUCUGCCAAGGGAAUGGAAGAAUCUUCUUCCUUCUCGCGUUUGUCCGGCAGCGAGCGAGUAUCGAACCCCUCUCGCUUUUUCUAACCAGUUAGCGAAUUAGAAAUUUGGCGCCAUUUUCUGGUC